CUGUGCUGCCUUGUGUCCUAAAGAAUGAGAGCCUUCCUUCGGAACAUCCGGAUGCUUCACGAGGAAUGGAUCCACGCCGUUCUGGUUGGUAGGGAUCGAAAAGCCAAAACACGAUGACAAAUGCGAACAGACGCUAAUCUGAGAUGUGCGCGGCUUCUUGAAGGUUUGCGCGCAUCUGGGAUGAAUUUUAGCGCCUGGACGUACUACGUUCUUGAACGAUCACACAGACAUCCUUUAUGGCUUGUCGCUUACGAAAGUUUAUUACUGCGCACUUGCGUGCGCCUGCGGAGCCGUUUGUUAGCGCUUCAAAGCGGCGAGCUCGCCAGCUGCGCCUCCGUAGCAGUAAUGCAUCUUUAAUGGCCGCUACACAGAGUGUCUUCACCGCCGCGCCACUGGCCGCUCUGGCAUUGGCGACGUGCUUGUCGUGGCAACACGCCGCGCCCGCUGACGGUGCCGCUACAAACGCGUCGCGUGUCGUGACUAAGCUGAAAGAAGAAUACUUCAACAAGUACGCAGGUUUGGUGAGCCUCGGCAUCGUCCACGGGUCCGCCCAGAACGCUUACUUCGACGUGCUGCGGAGAAUCGAGUCGAUCACGACUUACUUCGGUAAUGACGCGGUAGUGUGGGCCACGUCCGUCGUUUCUGAGUCAAACUGCAGCACAACGACACCUUUCGCCUUGGAGACGUGCGUUGCGAACAAUAGCAAGCCUUCACGGGCAUGCGUUAUGGCGAUCUACAUCGGGCCUUUGGGAGUUCACCUAUCCACUCAGUACUACCAAUGCACAGAUAGCUAAUACGGAUGACGUUUUGUUCGAUGAAAAAAAUGUUUGAGCUCCUUCUGUAGAUGUA